AUGGAAGAGAAUCCUUCGUUAAACAAAGGAGCCAGAACGCAAAACUUCACGGUCAAUGACAAAGAACGGCUCUGGAACAUCCUCACGGAUAAACUUAAUGCUGAUGGUGGAGGAUACAAAUCCAAAGAAAUGUGGCAGAAGUGUUGGUCUGACCACAAGUCAGAGGUGAAAGCAAAACAUCUUUUGCGGAAGAAGAGCCGUGGGAAAACUGGUGGUGGACAGGGAAGCAUUAAGGAGGCCACAGACCAUGAGCUACGUGUGCAAGCCUUAAUUGGCAAGGAUGCGAUAAACGGGCUGCCAGUUCAGGAGAGCAUGCCUGCAGCAGAAGUGAUUCCAAGUGCCCCUGAAAAUUCACAACUGGGGGACGUUUUGGCUAUUAUAAACUAUGAGGCUAACCCGUCAGAGGGUUAUUAA